UACCACUAUGACAGAUCCUUCAGUGGUGGAUCACCUGACCCGACUGCAACUCAAACUCCUAGAAAAGAGACUGGAAAACGAACAGGAGAACCUUGAGAAGAUGGAGUCACCUCUCCCAGCUGCAAGGAACAGACGUGAGGAUGUGCUGCAAAGUGCCCUGAGGCGAAGGAGAGAUCUUCUGCAGCAGCUUAGGGAGCAGCACCUUCUGGAAGAGCUUUCACAGUCCCCUGCACCAGCUGGAGGACACUGUCAUAGCCACAGAGCUGCCCCCCCACAUGUCUACCAGAUUCCUUUUCCAGGUCCCCAAGCAGAGCCCCCAAGGAUCAUCCAGCAGACGAUGCCAUCUCAGCCUGCCACCAUUAUCCAGCAGCUACCUCAGCCACCCCCCCUGAUCACACAGAUCCCCCCUGCCCAGCCUUUUGCAGCCUCCCGCUCUGGAAGCAUUAAAGAAGGACCUGCAGUUUGCUGCUCCCCUGGCUGUGAAAGCAGACAGGCCCAGGCCAUCUGCAGUGCACCACCACCACCACUACCCUCCCACAGGAGUGCUCCCAGUGCCCCAGGGGGGCUUCCCAGCCACAUCCACGGCACGUCACUGGAAUGGCAGCACACUCCCUGCCCUGCCUACGUGGCCAACAUACUGACAGUGCAUGUUCCUCUGCAAGUGGACUGUGGCAUUGCUGGGGUCAACCUGUAUCUGAACAGUUCCUAAUUAAUGUGUCUGAUUGACAGCUCAACGUCUGUGUGACUGCACAUUGUUGGUGCAAGCAGGGAGUGGGAGAAAGACUGCAAGUGUUCAGAACAAACGUACCAUGCUCCUGUGCUCUGCUCACCCCUUUCUGCUAGUUCUGUUGUUUCCUCUCAUCUUCUAAGCCCAGACUAGCUGCAAGCAAGCACCACUUUCUUUGCCCUCUCUUCACAGAAGGAAGAAAGCCCAGCCUAAAGUGUCUUGCAGGCUUGGCAGCCCACAGCAGCAGCAUGAAAUAUCCUGGACACCAGUGUCAUCUGAGCCCUUGCAAAUGAAUGUGAUCCAGCUCCAGGGCUGAGAAUCCAAUUCAUGCAAAAACUGAGGAAAUGCCCCUUGCCAAGGUGCUGCUGCCCUCCUGGGGAGGAUGAUGCAAACUAACCCAGGAUGCCUGAAUGAGGGUUUAGUUGCCAACAGCAGCCUGAAGUGUUCUUCCCUCACUGUUUUUGGACUUACUCCCUCACUUGUCCUACAGCAAUUACCUGUCAGGGAACUAAAGAUGAGCAGGAACAAUCCAAAUACAAAUUGCCUGCACAGCAGAGCAAAAUCCUGGCACUGGAUUUCCUGCACUCUGCCCUGCCUGUGUGAGUUGGCUUUGUGCAUUAUUUGGAUAAAUCCUUCUCAGUGGUUGUUGGAUUUGAACACUGGAGUGCAAUGCCCACCCGUUGCUAACCACAAUCCACAUUUUCUGAUCCUCCAUUUCCCCAAAUCCCACAUUUUUAAAGCUACCCAGGGUUCUCUUCUCAAAGAGCCAUUGGAGGGUGAUUUAAGCAGCCUUGAAUUGUGUAUAUUUGUUUCAUUAUUUCUCAAUCUUUCCUGCAUAUAAUCAGGAUUUAGAGUGGAUUAAAACAAAAAAUAAUAAAAUCCUGAGUUUCUUCCUUGUUUUUGAA